UGCCGCAAUGAGGCGAGCUCAAAAGAGCAGUCCAGAACAACAACCAUUUUGAAUGUAUGCUUCGACGGAGGUCAAAAUGGUCCUCCUCCUGAAGCCAGUAACAAUGGACGUCUUACAUGUUCGGUGCGGCACAUGUCCGUAAAGGCCGCUGGGGGUAGCAUGUGUGAUUCGCGUGGUGGUAACCACACCGACGGAGAGGCCGGCGUCCAGCGCAUGCAUCGCGAUGGAGCGAGUGUCGUGCUCCGGCUUGUAGCUGCUGCAGUCUUUCGGCUUCACCUUUCCCGACACGCCAAUUAG